AUGUCGCACACCCGGGUUUACAAAGAUCCUAUUGUCCUGGUCAUCGACUUCCACCAUGCUAGGGGCCCGGAGAUCGAACUAUGCAUUGGACCAGAAGGGACCGACCCUGCGGCCGAGAAUGACUGGUCACUACUGCCGUUCAUGGCGCUUUCAGAUGGAGCGCAUAUGUCAACUGAGGAAUUCUCCUACUUUACCCUCCGCCGCAGAGGCACCGACACCGAGCCCCCGACAUCACUCUUCGGCAUUGCCUGUUCGCGGCAAAUUGACUCAAAUGCUCUUAUUUACAAACCACCGGAUGUGACGAGGUCUACCGUACAGAAGGCGGUCGUUGUGGUGACGGAAAAUCCAAAGUGUCUUGGACAACUGAGGGAGAAACUUUCUGUCGUCACCUCGGCAUGGUUUGCGCAGCGGGACUUUUCGGAUCUCGAUAUUUUAAAGAAAUUCCGGGAAGGUUUGGUGAUUAGUCUGCAAAAAGAUGAAGGUUUCAAAGACCAAACCCUUGGUCUUUCUCUACGAGAAAUGAUCCACGAUUACAAAUACCAGACCCUCGUUCUAUUCAAGGCAUUACUUUUGCAACCAAAGAUGCUUUUCUUCGGCUCAAGAUGCGAACGGCUAUGCAUGAUCCAGUUUUCGCUCGUCUCUUUGAUCCCGGGGCUCAUGAACCACCUUCAAGAUUGCGCCGACCCUUCCUUUGAUACAUAUGCGCAGACCGUUAAGAAACCGACUUCUCUCAAAACCAGCGAUAGGAGCUCUUUGCUGGCAUAUAUGGGCCUCCCGUUGCAGAUUUUUGGAAAGGGAAGUAUGUUUGGACCGUACACACCUCUGCAGCAGCUGGAUCUACUGGCAGAUGAUGGAACAAAAUCUUACGUUGUUGGUUCUACGAAUUCUUUGCUACUGCAGCAGAAAGAUCGCUAUAGCGAUAUCUUGAUUAAUCUCGACGAAGAUACGAUUAAUAUCACGUCAUCUUCUUUACGAAACGCACUGACCCUAUCCGUUGCGGAUCGACGCUGGAUCGAUGCCAUUACUCAGAUUGUGAACGAUACAUGGGACGAAGCACAUCCCAACCAACCCAAAACGCAUGGGUACAUGGGUUCGGAAGAGUUUAUAAGGCUUCAAUUCGAGGAGUACCUUCUGGCAUUACUAUCAUGCAUGAAGUAUCAUGAAGAACUCAACUCCUACCUGACUGGUGAACCGAGCCGCCGUAACCGAGCGCAGUUAGACUCUUAUAACAUCGAGGGGGACCCAGCGCUAGAGUUCAACCAAGAGUUCUUAGCUCAUUGGAGAACUACUUCCAACUACGCUUUGUUUCAACGCCUUACCUCGGACGCGCUUUUAUUCUCUGUCGCUGAGCCUCGACAUCCCUCUGCUGGCGGCCUCACAAUCGAUGAUGUUCAAAGACGAAUUUCUCAGCAAGUCGCGGACCUCCACCUCGACGAAAAAGUGCGUGAAGGCCGUGAAGCCCUCAAUCGACAUCUUUCUACAGGCCAGAAGAAAGUUUCCGCUGCAUUCAACAGCUUCUGGGCGGACAUCGAGGCCAUGCGUGAAGCACAGCGCAAACGGAAUGAAGAAAAGGCAGCAACCCAGUCACCGCGUCCAUCCCUGGACCGGUCCUCUACUCUUCCAACCUCACACUCCGACUCCACCUCAAACUCGAGCACCAGCGCCUCGUCGUGGUUCCCAAACCGCAAAGUCGCUGUACCCGCCGUAGAUAUGACGCAGGCCCAAGCCUCCGUCAGCGCCGUUGGCCAGAAGGCAGGCGCAUACUUCAGUUCUUGGGGUACAUGGGCCUCUGAGAAAAGAAAGGAGUGGCAGGAGAAAAAGUCAGCUUCGUCUUCCCCAACCGCGAGUGCUGCUGUGACUUCUCCGUCCACUCCGACCUUGGCAAGCACCACAGAGUCCAUUGACACCACGAACACGAACACAGAUAAAGACAGACGGCAGUCGUUCCAGUCAUUUCGCAGCGAAGCGUCCUCCACCAUUUCACGCAGCGGAAGUAGAAGGAAGCGAUUGAGUAAUCUUUUCUUCAAGCGCGAGAGCCUAGAUUUCAACGUCGGUGCUAUCAGCCGUGAUGGUGAUGAUCAUGAGACUGUUUACCCAAAGUCACCGCUCUCAAGGGAGGAGUCUAUUCUAGGGGAUGAUAUUCCGGAAACUUCAGCAGAGCAGUACAAAGGUGAACGAAAACUUGACAUUCACCCUAAAACGGAAGCAGACGUCGCUGAGCGAAAAGAUACCACGGUCAACAAUGUACCAAGCGACGGCACACGAACACCACCGCCACAACAGCCAGCAGCUGCGCUAGAUUCUAUCGAAUUAGAACCACGUGCAAACCUCCCCGGGUCGGAGUCCGAGAAAGUAGUAGUGCAGUCCUCGAAAUCCACAAACGAAAACGAGCCGCCAUUAAAGUGA